AUGGGGUGGUGUCGUGCCAUAACCAGUGCCUUCUAUCGAGGAGCUGUGGGUGGUUUGCUUGUGUAUGAUGUCACCCAGAAAGCUACAUUUGAGAAUGCUGCAAGGUGGUUGAGAGAGCUACGGGAGCACACUAAUCCAAAUGUUGUGGUCAUGCUGAUUGGUAGCAUGUCAGAUCUUUGGCAUCUAGUUGCUGUUACUACUGAAGAAAGGAAGGCUUUUGUAGAGCAGGAGGGUAUCGUCUUCAUGGAAACUUCUGCUCUUGAAGCAACCAAUGUGGAGCUAGCUUUCACUAAGGUUCUUACUCAGAUCCAUCGUAUCGUCAGCAAGAAGGCUGUUGAUGCUGGUGAUGCUUCUGCAUUGGCUGUUCCAUCCCAAGGAGAGAGUAUAAAUAUAAAUAAUGAGACCUCAGCUUGGAAGAAGAUAGGCUGCUUUUCAAACUAGUUACUUACUGUAGUAAGUCUUUGCUGUAACACCUUUUUGUGUCGCUGGGAAAAAUCCUAACUGGUAGAACUUCUGAGGGUCAGUUCCGUCCCUUGAAAGAAAGAAAGAAUAGGAAUUUUCAUUGUCUAUAUUAUAUUUUUUUUUUGGACAAAAUUAUAAUAUCCACCGGUGUUAAAAGGUUUGUUUUUUA